UACAGCCCAGAUAACGAGAAGCUGAGCCAAAUCUCAUAUCGGUAUCUAGUCAGAUGCUCAUCAGCUUAUGUAUGGCUCUGCCGUUUCCGAUGAAAGCUUCUUGAGAAGAACAGAGUCAUGUCGUGGGGGCCUGUGGCCUCGCAGCUCUGUCUGUUGUCACAGCUGAAGGAGCGCUCAGUUGGCGAUAAAGUGAGAUUCUUGGGAUGCGUUAUCUCAUAUGAUACUUCUACGGCGUGUCUCAAUCUAGGACACAUGUACCCGCCCGGAACUGACGAGACUGUGCUGGUGGACAUUGAGCUCGUUCUUGAGACUAUCCAGCCCGGAUUAACACAGGUCGGGCAUUGGGUUAAUGUUGUGGGGUAUAUCGUUGAGGGGAACAAGUCAGGUGUGCAGAAGCCAUUAGGAGAAAAGGGGUCUCCCAGACAUAUUCAAGCGCUGUUAGUAUGGCCGACGGGACCCUUGGAUGUUGGGAGAUAUGAGAAGAGCCUGGAAGACCCAGCAGCACGGCCUUGAUUGAUACGCGCUGCCUAGAUCUGAAACCUGUCGGAUCUAGUGGGCACCUAUGAACUCUGGGGAGAUUCAAGCAGCCUAAGCCUUAGUGGAGGAGGGGAGUCUCUAUGCAUUGAUCCCGCGUCUAUUAGCCAGGCACUGCCUACUGUACGUUGUCUUGACACAGCAAACAAAACGAAACAAUGGCGCCUCAGAGUGCUGCUAGCAGGCGAAUGGAGGAAUGUCAGGCCACGAGACGCGGUGGGGCGCAUAAACGCAC